CAUGAGAAUGAUAUACAGUUGAGAGGUUUGUCCGUAAUCUCGUCUCACGCCAUCUCUCUCUGAGGACUGAGCAGUGAGCCUACAUAAAACCCGCACCGCAAACCGCUCUAAAACCUAAAAUCCGCUCAAAUCAACUAAAAUCUGAAACAAUGUCCACUGCAGACCCAGUCGAAUCCUUCAAACCCUACCAUCUAACCCAAACUCUAACAGGCCACAAGCGUGCUCUCUCCGCCGUCAAAUUCUCUUCCGACGGCCGCUUUCUUGCUUCCUCCUCUGCUGACAAAACCCUCAGAACCUACUCCCUCUCCCCCUCCAAUCCCCCUACUUCCCCUCUUACACCUCUCCAUGAAUUUCACGGCCACGAGCAAGGCGUCUCGGAUGUUGCGUUCUCUUCCGACUCCCGCUUCCUUGUCUCUGCUUCCGACGACAAGACCAUCCGUCUUUGGGACGUCACUACCGGCUCCCAGAUCAAAACCCUCCAAGGCCAUACCAACUAUGUCUUCUGUGUUAACUUUAACCCGCAAUCCAAUAUGAUCGUCUCGGGUUCUUUUGAUGAGACGGUUAGGAUCUGGGAUGUGAAAAGUGGCAAGUGUUUGAAGGUGCUUCCGGCUCAUUCCGAUCCUGUGACAGCUGUGGAUUUCAAUAGGGACGGGUCGCUGAUUGUUUCGAGUAGUUAUGAUGGGUUGUGUAGGAUUUGGGAUGCAGGGACUGGGCAUUGUAUCAAGACUUUGAUAGAUGACGAGAAUCCGCCUGUUUCGUAUGUCAAGUUUUCGCCCAAUGGCAAGUUUAUUCUUGUUGGCACCUUGGAUAACACUUUGAGGCUUUGGAAUUUCUCAACAGGGAAAUUUCUGAAGACAUACACUGGACAUACUAAUUCGAAAUUCUGCAUUGCAUCCACCUUUUCUAUAACAAAUGGGAAGUACAUUGUCAGUGGUUCUGAAGAUAAUUGUGUAUAUUUGUGGGAACUUCAAACCAGGAAAGUAGUUCAAAAAUUGGAAGGUCACACUGACACUGUUAUAUCAGUAGCAUGUCAUCCCACCCAGAACAUGAUUGCAUCUGGUGCCCUUGGGAAUGACAAGAGUGUGAGGAUCUGGACUCAGGAAAGGGAAUGAUUAAUUUUCUGGUGGUAGUUCUGAAACAUGAUUUCACCUGUGCAUAGAUUUUGACCAUGAAGGAAGAACUAUUCGCUUUUGGCUGAAGCUUCUGCCUUUUGUCCAGACCCAUGUUAUUUCUACAUGAGAUAAGUUUAUGGUCCCUGUUCUAUUGCCUUGUAGCUUCUUUAAAUUAUUUCUGCCUGGUUGUGAUGUACUCUAGAACUUGUGACUUUUGAGCUAAUGGUAAAAUGGGAUUUUUAUCAUCA